UUCAUUUUCGUUUUUUUUUUGGAUUAAAAAUAUGGCCAAAGCAUCAUCAUCGGAUCAAUUGAAAUCAAAAGGAAAUGAAUAUUUUUCCAAAGGUGAUUAUAAAAAUGCAAUCAUCAUGUACAGUGAUGCUAUUCAAUUGAAUCCAUCAAAUUCGAUUCUUUAUUCGAAUCGUGCAUUCGCUUAUAUCAAAUGUGAAGAUUAUCUUUAUGCUGAACAUGAUUGCAAUAAAGCUAUUGAAUUAGAUACGAAAUUUGCUAAAGCUUAUUAUCGUCGUGGAUUAGCAAGAAAAAAUCUUGGUCGUUUUCGAUCAGCUUUACAGGAUUUUGAAGAAGCAAAGAAAUUAUCACCAAAUAAUUUGGAUAUCCAAAAAGAAAUUGAACAAACAGUAAAAAUAUUAAAUUCCAAACAACCAAUACGAUUGAAACCGAUAAUGAUUCAGGAUAAAAAUUUACAAUCAAAAAUGCCAUUAAUCGAUAUACCCAUCCAAAUUGAUUCUGAUCAAUCAAUGAAUAUCGAUAACGAUGGUGAUGAUCAACAAAUUGAAAAACAAUUGGAAAAUCAUAUUCGAAAAUUGAUACCCGAACAAAAACCACGAAAUUUUAUUGAAUUUGAUCAAUUUUGGCGUGAAUUGAGUCGAUCCGAUAUGAAACAACAAUAUUUAUCCAUCAUUUCAAUUGAUAAUUAUCGAAAAAUAUUCGAAUAUCCAUUUGAAUCAUCAUUAUUAUUCGAUGUAUUGGAUCAACUUUCUCAGCUAUCAAAUCAAUCAUUAGUUUAUGAAAUACUUGAUAAAGCUAUUGUUCAAAUGCCAAGAUUUGAUUUAUGUUUUUCAUUUCUUUCGGAAAAUGAAUACAGAAUUUUGAAAGAAUUAUUUACAAAUUUGAUCAAAAAUCUGAAUUGUGAUCAAAAACCUGAUGUAAUCAAAUUGGCCAAAAAAUUUAAUUUAAUUUUGUGAAAAAAUUGCUGCCAACCUUUUUUCUGUGUU